AUGGACACGUACGUCUUUAAUCUGGUGUUUAAUAUGGGCAUUCCAUUAUCAAUAACACACGGAUGGAAUAAUUACAGAAAGCAUGUGCAAACAUCUUUAUGCCCACAUUUAAUAAUACAAAUAAAAUCUACUGUGGAACUGAAACCAGUGCUCGAUAACUGUGCUACUCAUAGGGGUAUUAUGUUUAUCCUUCUUAACCAAAAUAUAGAUUGGUACAAAAUAUCAACAUAUGGCGAAUACUAUUGGAAGACUCAAAAAAUUUACAGAGUGUUUUACAUAACCACCGAUCAUUCAAAGUUUUAUCAUCCUUUCAUUAGAUGGAAUAACACGUACGGUGCUAUAGUAGACACCAGAGAUCAUAAUAUCAAGGAUAUACUGCGUAAUCUUCAUGGCUAUCCAAUGCGUGUAUAUAUAUUCGAUUCAGUAUUCUCCGAAGUGAAAGCGAAACGUGAUACUUUCAAUGUCACUGGUGCGGAAGGAGUAGACGCCAAAGUGGCGUAUUUAUUGGAAAAACUAUUUAAUUUUAAUAUGCAACUGCAAUGGCCAGAUGAUGAUUUCUUUGGGGCACGUUUAGAAAAUGGUUCAUUUAAUGGCGCGUUAGGUCGUAUGAUACGUAAUGAAACCGAUAUAACGAUGGCUGGGUUUUUCGUCAAAGACUACCUUACACGAGAUGUACAUUUUUCGGUUCCAGUCUAUAUGGAUAAACUAUGUUGUUAUGUUAUAAAAUCAAAACGUAUACCCCAAUCAAUUUUACCACUUUAUGCCGUUGAUGAAAGUAUUUGGCUUGUUUAUCUAUCGGUGGGAUUAUUUUCAUCUUUUGUAUGGAUGUUUCUUAGACGUCUAAAUCUCUGUAUUGGUAAAAGUGUAAAAAAACGAGGACAUUUUAAAACACCCUACAGCUCCUCGUCAUUACGUCUUCAAUAUUUAAAUAUCUUCAAAGACACUUGGAUAUUGUGGGUACGAAUGAUAAUAGUUCGUUUUCCACCCUAUAAUGCCGAACGUAUAUUUGCAAUUUCUUUGUGUUUGGUGAGUGUUAUUAUAGGAGCUCUUUUGGAGUCAAGUUUGGCUACAGUUUAUAUACGCCCACGUUAUUACAAAGAUAUCAAUUCACUUGAAGAUCUUGAAAAAGCAAAUUUAAAAAUCUUCAUCAAACAUGCAGCUAUGCGUGAUGAUUUAUUUAGAGGGCAAAAUUCUAGAUUAUACAACAGUUUGGAUGAACGAGUAAUGUUAGUUGGCGAGCCGGAAGAACGUUUGAUAAGUAUUAUGUCGAAGCGUGGGGGAUUUGUUGCAGUUACUCGAGAGUUUUCUUUACUUAUUGCGGAUAUUUAUUACUUUAUAACGAAGAAAAUACACAUAAUACCCGAGUGCCCAAAGACAUAUCAUAUCGCGUACUUAUUCUCAAAAGAUUCACCUUAUGAGGAAACAUUUAACGUGGCCUUAUUGCAGUUUUUAGCCGCAGGCCUAAUUCAGCAAUGGAUUGAUGAGAGCAGACAUGAAGCCUUAUGCCAAAUACAUAACUUUGACGACUAUAUAGCCGAAAGUACUUACCAAUGGAAAGCUUUUCAAAUUAAUGAUCUACAAUUAGCAUUUUAUGCUCUAAUAUUAGGAAAUGUUUGUGCUGCUUUAUUGUUUCUAGUUGAAUGUAUUGUACAUAAGAAACUAUUUAGAAAAAUAAAAUUAUUUUGUCACUAA